AUGGCAGACCAACACUUAAUGGUGGCCAAAAUCGUGGCCAUUGUGGUGCUCCUGCUGGUCACCCUGGUCUUCUGCUUCAUUCCCUACCUCCUGGAUCGAUUCUACAAGUGGACGAAAAGUCCGGAGAACAAUGCCAGGGAGUUCAAGGUGGUGCUGUGCCUGCUCAACUUCGGCGGUGGGGUUCUAAUAGCCACCACCUUCAUCCACAUGCUGCCAGAGGUGGUCGAGGUGGUGAGUGCUCUUCAGGAUUGUCGGAUGCUAGUGCCCACUCCGUUCGGCCUUCCGGAGGUCCUGCUCUGUACCGGCUUCUAUUUGAUGUAUUGCAUCGAGGAAACCAUGCACUUUGUGGUGCGAAGACGGCAACAAAGGAAGCUCCGGGAGGUGGAGACAAUCAAGGAGUCGGACGUGGAGGUGGUAGUCCAAUCUGAAGAAGCACUAAAAGAGCCCAACUGGCUUCGCGGCCUGGGCAUCAUCGUGGCACUCUCCUUGCACGAACUCUUUGGCGGAAUGGCCAUCGGCUUGGAGAUGAGUGUGAGCACGGUGUGGUUCAUGACCGGAGCCAUCGCUGUCCACAAACUCGUGCUGGCCUUCUGCAUCGGCAUGGAGAUCAUGAUGGCCCACACCCGGUGGCUACUUGCCGUCGUUUACCUCCUGAUCUUCUCGAUAGUAACCCCCAUUGGCGUGGGCAUUGGCAUUGCGGUCAGCGAAUCUGCGACGGCAAAUCAACCGAGCACGGUCUCCGGAAUCCUGCAGGGACUCGCUUGCGGCACUCUGAUCUACGUGGUCUUCUUCGAAAUAGUGGCCAAAAACCAUGCCGGCUUAAGGGUCCUUCUCUCAUCGAUAGUGGGAUUUGUCCUGAUGUUUGGUCUCCAGAUAGCCAUUGGAGAAGCAAAAGGCAAGAGCCAUUUCACGUGCCCCUAGGGGAUAUGGGAAUAUUUAUAAGGGUUUUGAAUUUAAC